AUGGAUUUUCUGGAUUCUGUUCUUUCUGAGGAGACUGUUCAGAAGGUGUUAUCUGGUGGUCCAAUCAAUUUUGAUGAUUUCUCGGCAGAAGAGAAGAAACAUUUCCGAAGAGCUGUGGCAUCUGGAGAACUCAGCAAGCUGGUCGAGUCAUGGGAUCCAUGGUGGUUGAAGUCUUCUGCUAGAACUAUCUUUCUUGGCAAGGAAGGAACCAGACUUGCUCAGCCACAUACCGAAGAGGAAGCAUCAUCAUCACAUGAUGGUGCAGGGCACCAACCUAGUGAGAUUCCUCCUGUCCCCGAUACCUCGUUACCUCCUGUCAGGAAACUUGUUUCUAGAGAGCCAUCACCCUUCUUAUCCUAUCACUUGGCUGACAUUAUGUAUAGCUACUGCUUCACACAACGUCUCUACAAUGGAGACAGGCAAUCAGAUGCCAUAGGGUCAGAAACAGUGGUAUUGAGUGUCUCCUCUGUCUUAGGUCAAGCUCGGCAGCCAGAAACCGUGCUGGAAGCUCUCUCAUAUUGUUUGGAGAGAACUUGCUCCCCUGAGUAUAGACACAUGGGUAGACUGCAACUUGGACUGGGUCUCGUCGAUGAUGUAAUACUCGUGAUGUCACCUGGUGGCCAUGCUUUAAUCUGCUUGCUCAGUGAUCUACAGAAGAUGGUUCAAGCUGGGGAAAAGGAGCUGAAAGCUGAGAAAACGAGAAAAUCAAAGUCAGAAAUCCGGAGUAAAGCUGAAACUUGCCGAGAGGAAGGUCUGUGCAUAAUGUGUUGGGUGCAUGAGCAGCCAGGGGAAGCCUGGUCCUCGUUAGCCGCCAUCGUAAGGGCAGAAAAAAUGGAUUAUAGAGGAGGUAAAAAUCUUCCAGCGGCCAAAAAAUAAAACAGAAUCUGGGGAAGGCUUUUUUUUUUUUAACUUUUUUAUGUUUUUUCUAGAAAGUUUUAAUAUGAUAAUAUUAAAAAUAAAUAAAUAAACAUACCCGCCAUCAUCUUCUUACCCUCCUAAUUUAUUUAUUUUUCGCCAUUCCCUCAUUGCACUGAACACAAGAUGACACUGCAGCCCUCUGCGAUUCAGUGGAGUAUGUUUUGAAUUUAUUAGGUUGAUAAAACGAGUUCUACAAUUUUACAAGCCAUUUUGCAUUUUAUUUGAUAGUUAACGGAUCU